UCUGACAGUCGCUGCUCUCGUUUGGCGCAAGUAACAAGGUGAAAAUGACUACAAAGUUGCAAAGCUGCGCCUACAGUUAAUCACCGACGGGCGCUGACAGCACCACACAGACAACAACAACCCACACAAGAGGGCGUUUCUGCAAGAAUCAAAGGUCGUCGGAUAGUGGACCUAAUUUGUAUCGUGUAGGCUAUUCCAGAUCCAGGUACAGUGUUGUUCGUUGUUUCCCGUGAACGCGCCGGUUGCUUAUGUCAUUGGAACAGGUGCGCGAAACCCAAGUUAACAACAGUCGCCCUACAUCGCGAGGGAUUACACACGGAUGCGAGUGUUUUUCUACGGCGUUUCAUUCAUCAGCCGAAAGCGCUUGUUUGGAUCGUUUGAAGACGAUAUUUGGCGACACUUCUUGACUCGUUUACUAAAGGGAUUAAUCAUGUCCAAGACGCUGAAAAAGAAGAAACAUUGGUCCAGUAAAGUGCAGGAAUGCGCCGUUUCGUGGGGUAACGCCGGGGAACUCAGCGCCGUGCUGGAGAUACUCGGGGGAGCCGAGCACGGAGAGUUCCCGCACCUGGGACAGGUGUUGUCGGACGCGUUAGUGUGCCAUGUCGGCAGACUACCUGGUCCUGGAGACGUGCUUCUGGAGGUGAAGGGCACGCCUGUCAGCGGACUGACAAACCGAGACACCCUCGCCGUCAUCCGCCACUUUCGCGAACCCCUCCGUCUGAAGACUGUAAAGCCAGGUUAGUUUGUUAAUUGCUAAAACCUAGUGAGCUACCGACCGAGACAACAGUUUGUCACACUACACUGAACCCGAGGUUUCCUUUUAAAACCUGAGUAAAUGCAAGUUUUAAGCCUGUGUUAAGCUAUGUUUCAUAUUUGUAAUUUUGAAAGAGGAUUAGCGUCGCUUUGCACUGCUUGUGCUUGAACGUUAAGAUGUUGUUUAGCGACAGACAACCAAUCACGAACUG